AUGGCGGCAACGGCGACAAAAAUGGUUGAAUCCCAAAAGGGAAAGCGUGCUCCAAAAAUCAGAGAUAAAUCAGCUCACAAGAAACUAAAAUUAUCAACCCAAGAGAUUCCGACGUCAAAAAUGCCACAAUUUUUUGUGGAGGUCCUUCAAGACCUUGUCUGUGCAGCCGAACAAGAAGUUGAAGCUGAACUGUUUGGUGAAAAUGCUAGUCGACAUCAUGUAGAUACCAAGACUACUGGAGACUCUCGUUUUGAGGGCUGUGAACGUGUUAGGUAUACCCGAGAUCAGUUGCUGCAACUGAGGAACAAUAUUCUUAAACUCAAACUAGAAGUUGAAGCUGAUACCAUUCCUCUCCUCGUCCCCUUCCGUCCUAAAAAGGUGGUUAACAUUUCUGAUCACAUUCUUAAAAUCAAACAAGAAAUUGAAGUCGAACUGUUUGGUGACCAGACUCAGAGUCGUCGUUCUGAGCCAGACAUCAAUGACCAGCUUAGUAAGUUGGAGUUCUCUGCCCCAGUUGACGACAGAUCCUUGGACCCUCUUCGAGAAAACAGUGAAUUUGGUGACAGAUUCUACUCUAGAAAGCAGGAAGUCGAUGAAUUCGAUGUGCAAGAACAACUUAGCUCACAGGGAGGAGCUGCUUCUACACUAAUCAAAGCUGAGCUUCCAUGUUCAACCGCUCGAAGAAGCAAAAAUUGUGUCUUGAAGACUGUGAAAGGUAUGCUCAACAACCCGACUCUGAAGAAACUUGUUCUCCUCAAACGUCAACUGAUAGAUUCAGGGAUAACUAGUACAGACACUCUAAAGGUCUCUACUCCCACAUCAGAUACAUCUCUCGAUCUUCAGAGUAGUAUAGGUGUUGUUUUCUUAGUAUUCGACAAUGCUGUACUGGAACCAACUUUUUGCCCUCUGUAUGCCCAGCUGUGUUGUGAUCUUAAUGAAAUGCUGCCUUCAUUGCUUUGCAACGAACCUGGUGGUGAAUCGACUACGUUCAAAUGUGUUCUAUGGAAUAACUGUCAAGAGGCAAUCGAAGGUACUUACAAACUUCGAGAAGAAAUGAGGCAAAUGAUAGCACCUGAGCACGAUUCAGAACGUAUGGACAAGGAGAAGUUUAUCAGAUCGCGUACUCUUGGCAGUAUAAGGCUUAUCGGAGAGCUUUUUAAGCUCAAUAUGGUCCCCAAAUGGAUUAUUCAUUCUAUAGUUCUGGAACUGUUGGUGCAAAAUCCUAAAUGUUGUCCGCCAGAAGAGAACGUUGAGGCCAUUUGUCUGUUGUUCAAUAACAUCGGAAAGGUGGUUGAUGAGAGACCAGAUUCAAGGAACAUCAACAAUCUUUACUUUGGUUCUUUGAAGAGACUCUCGACGAACCCUCAGUUAGCUCCACGUCUAAGGUUUAUGGUUUGUGAUCUGCUGGAUUUACGCGCCAAUAAUUGGAUCCCUAAGCCACUUUUGAUCCUCUGA